CCGCCGCGCUGUGGGACAUCGUCGUCGUCAUUUAUUUUCCCAGCCUGAUUGUUACCAUUAUUUUAACAUUGAGACGACGUGGAACAAACGUGAACCGGCGAUUAAUGAAAGAUCUCUCAGUUGCAGGGUCUGACGGGAGAGGUCAACAAGUUCAACUCAGACAGACGAUCUUAUCAAUCACUUACCGGCCAUCAUCCGCGCGGGGAGACGAACCGGAGGGUAUUUUGAUUCCAAUCGAACGAAGAACGUGCGAGGCACAGAUGUAUUUCUCUGUGUAAACUCGAAUAGAAAUGAAAGAAGAACUUGAAGACGAUUUGUAUGAUACCAAACUACUGCCAACAGAUGGGGACCAAAGUAUUUCAACGACUGAAAUCGCCGCGUGUGCGCCAGUUAAUUCAGAGUUCCCUUCCGCUAAAGAUGCAGAAAUCACAGAGAAAGAUGGUGGCUGGGCUUGGGUUGUUUGUGGUGCGGCAUUCUGCGAUUUAUUUGUGGUUUUGGGAAUGCAUUACACAGUGGGAGUCUUAUAUGCUGCGUUACUCGACCACUUUAAGGAAUCGAAAGCUAAGACAGCAUGGGUGGGAUCCAUCGCUCAGUUCUCCUUGUUCUUCUUUUGCUAUCCCGGAAGCCUUCUCAGUGAGCGCUACGGAUGUAGACGUGUUGUUAUAGUUGGAGGAAUACUCACCAGCAUUGGUCUUCUACUGUCAUCGUUCGCCACCAGUUUAAAUCAAAUUUACUUCACCCACGGGAUAAUUGUGGGAUUUGGAACAAGUAUCAGCUAUCUCCCAGCGCUCGUAAUGGUGGCGUACUAUUUCGACAAGAAACGCUCUUUUGCCACAGGAAUAGCAACGUCUGGGAGCAAUUUAGGAGCUCUUGGGCUUGCUCCACUUCAGCAAGUAAUCGUAGAUGCCUUCGGAUGGAGAAUCUGCUAUCGUUUUCUGAGUGGGCUUGCUCUUGUUAUAACCGUCUGUGGGCUUUUGUUCAAGCCUUUGGACGAGAAAAAGACCGGAAAGGACAGACUUGUGAAAAGCACAGAAAUAAUAUUCGAGAAAUCCUUUAAGAAGAAACUUCUUAGCUUUCCUAGAAAUAAUUGGUUUAUUAUCUGGGCUGUUGCGUCAACCAUAGCAACAUUUGGAUAUUUUAUUCCACAUGUUCAUAUGGUUCGCGUCGCCGAAGAGAUGGGCUCCUCACAUCGGGAUGGCUCGCUCUUGCUUUCUUACAUCGGAAUUGGUUCGGGUGUCGGAAAGAUUAUCUUCGGAAAAAUCUCGGACAUUCCUCGCGUGGACACCAUAAAGUUAUACAAUAUUUGCAUGGUUCUUUCCGGACUUUCUCCUCUUCUCGCUAUCUACUCGGCGGGUUAUGACAUGCUCGUAUUAUAUGUGGUUGUACUUGGACUGCUGGAUGGUUGUUUUAUCGGGCUCAUGUCCAUUGUGACGUUUGAAUGUACGGACCGUGAAAAGAUGUCAGUAGCCUGGGGAGCAGUGUUGAUGAUCAUGUCGUUUUCUAUGUUGGUUGGUGCCCCAGCAGCAGGAUGGUUUGGUGAAACAACAGGCAACUAUCGGAAUUUAUUCUUCUUAGCCGGCGCUCCGACCAUCUGCGGAGCUGUUGUGUUUUCGCUGAUUCAGUGUAUCAAAGAUCCUAUCAUUGAGAGUCAGCAAAAACGAGCGCUUGUAAUUCCUACGGAAGAAAAGGAAAUUAUCUUUGUGUACGAUAGGUUGACAGUAGUGUAACCUAAAACAAUUUAGUGAAUGGAACUCUGAUAUAAUAAAACUAAAGGGGAAAAUAAUUAUGGGAAAUGUAACGUUAGAAAAAUGGACAGCGAGAAAAACUACAUAAUUGUGAUUGAAUGACUGUGGGAAUAUAAACCACAGGGAAAAAAUGAAUUGUGGGAAAAUGGUCAGCAGGGAAAGUCGAUAGCGGGAAAAAUUAACGCUUUGUUUUAAAGCAGGUUUCAAUACAGACUUGUCAUGGAAGCGAUUUCGUCAUUUGAGGGCUGGUAGUUGUUAACCCUUCCACUCCCAUGUGUAACCAAGACAGAAUUUCUCCUUACAAUUUCUAAACAGUAUCAAGCAGAUUAGUGAUGAGAAUCAAAACAAUUAUCAACUAGGAGAUUAUUGAUUGAUCCAACACCAAACUCUUUGAAAUAAGAUCACAAGAAAUGUAUGGGAAACACUAAGGAGAAUUACUUAUGAGAUCUUGGGAGUGAAAGGGUUAAUUCAUUUUAUCGAUUGGUGACGAACAAUUUUUUAUAACUCACCGAUUUGGUUAACUUCCACUUUAGCAAGGUGGAGUUUUUCCUGCGUAAUUUCCGGGUUCAUGGUUCUCUCACAGCAGUCCAUUGAUCUCUUGAUUAUGUACUGGUAUUUUGCUAAAAAUUUUCUUAACAAAAAAGUGGUAUAAUGUUUGAAUGAAAAUUGAUUCCAUUGCUUCUUUCUUCUUCUGUGUGAUAUGAGUUUUGAAGAGAAAGAUUAACCGCAAAAUUUAGGUCAGAAUUUCCAAGGUAAUUAACAAAUUUUGGCUAAAUUUGUAUAGACCAAGUUUUUAGAAUUUCAUACCGAAAGAUAAAUCAAUCUUUUAUAAUGUAGAUAUUGUGAUACAUCAAGCCCUAUGUAUGAUAAGUUUUUUGGUAAUAUAGUGUAUUUUACGGGAAGAUUAAUGUGUGGAGCCAAAUCGUUUUGAAGAGAGUGAUGUAAAAAUAGGCAGUUUAAGACUGCAUGUGGCUACUGAUAGAGCACAAUUUUUAUACCAUUGGAAAGAACUAGAGGUUGUAUAGUGAUGCUAGAAGGCAGUGUUGGCGAAGAGUUGUUUUCACAUGCAAAACAGAAAACCUGCCAUAUCCUAUAUAUUUAUGAGAAUCUUGUUGUACAAGAGAAAGGUAAUUCACGAAUAAAGUUACUAACUGAC